AUGUUGGAUGCCAACAAUGUGCUUGUGAAAAUUUAUAGGAUGGUUAGAGAUUGCUCCCAACAGAAUCCUAAUACUACUUUAAAGCUUCGCCUUAUUGGGAAAAGAGAACAAGAUGGUCGGACUUAUAACUUACCUACUUCCUCCGAGGUUGCUGCUCUUAUUGUUGGAGAUAUUGAUAAUGCUCUUGAGAAUAGAGAUAUCGUUGUCGAGACACAAAUAGGGUCAUUAAAAAGAAUAAGUGAGUUGCAUCCUUCCUAUCUUGCACUUCAGUAUCCUAUUUUGUUCCCAUAUGGAGACGACGGUUACAGAAUUGACAUACCCCAUAGGGGUGUCAUUGAUGUUACUAACAAGAAACGUCCGAAUUGUACAAUGAGAGAGUUUUUUGCGUAUCGUAUACAAGAUCGUAGUAACCAGUUUUCAUUGAUUCUAAAUUCUCGACGGUUAUUCCAACAAUUCUUGGUUGAUGCUUAUACGAUGAUUGAGAGCGAGCGACUUAACUUUAUAAGAUUUCAGCAACAUGAUCUCAGGUCUAAUACAUACGAGAAUAUUCGAAAACUAAGAUAUAACGGCCAUAAAGAUUUGUCUAAGGUUGGAAAACGUAUUUUCCUUCCAUCUUCUUUUACAGGCGGGUCACGAUAUAUGAUGCAAAACUAUCUUGACGCUAUGGCCAUUUGUAAAUGGUAUGGUUAUCCCGACUUUUUUAUAACCAUUACCUGCAAUCCCAAGUGGCCGGAGGUUCAAAGGUUUCUUAAGGACACAAAUCUUAAUCCGGAGGAUAGGCCUGAUAUUUUAUCGCGAAUCUUUAAAAUAAAGCUGGAUGCAAUUUGUAAAGAUUUGAAAGACCAUCAUUUGUUUGGAAAAGCUUCAGCUGUUGUUUACACUAUUGAGUUUCAGAAGCGGGGAUUGCCUCAUGCGCAUAUGUGCUUAUUCAUGGAGAAUGAUUACAAACUUCCAACUGUAGACCAUGUUGAUCAGUUUAUUUCUGUAGAAAUCCCUGAUAUAAACCAAGACCCGGAACUAUAUACGCUUGUGAAAGACCAUAUGAUUCAUGGUCCAUGUGGUAACGCUAGAAUGAGCUCUCCAUGUAUGGUUGAUAGAAAAUGUUCAAAAGGUUUUCCUAAGAAAUUUCAAGAUCACUUAACCUUGGAUUGUAACGUAUUUCCCUUAUACAGAAGAAGAGAUGACGGUUCCUUCGUUUUAAAAAAUAGAAUUGAGUUAGACAACAGAAGUGUUGUACCUUACAACAAGAAACUUUUGAAAAGAUAUCAGGCGCAUAUAAACGUUGAAUGGUGCAACCAAGCGGCGUCAAUAAAGUAUUUGUUCAAAUAUAUUAAUAAAGGUCCUGAUAGAGCAACAGUUGCUGUGGUUCCGAGCAAUAAUGAAAACGAGCAACCAGAAAAUGAUGAAAUUAAAGAGUAUUAUGAUUGUAGGUAUAUAUCGGCUUGUGAAGCCUCUUGGAGGAUUUUUUCGAAUGAAGUUAAUUAUAGGAGUCCUUCUGUUAUGCGGUUGCCUUUCCAUCUUCCUGGACAACAAACAGUUUGUUUCGGUCCUGAUGAAGAUAUUAAUCAGGUGCUAAACAAACCAUCUGUGAACUCAUCAAUGUUUUUGUCUUGGAUGCAACGUAAUCAAGAUCCUAACGACCCUGUUGCACGUACACUAACAUAUGUACAGUUUCCACGUUUUUAUGUGUGGAAGCUUGACCAGCGUAUAUGGGUUCCGAGAAUAAAAGGAAAAACAAUUGGAAGAAUUCAUUCCGUUUCUCCGUCUACCGGUGAAGCGUACUAUUUAAGAAUUCUUCUUAACAAAGUUAAAGGACCAACAUCGUUUGAUGAUAUUAAAACAGUUAAUGGUCGAGUGUACGAUACUUUUAGAGAUGCUUGCUAUGCGCUUGGUUUGUUGGAUGACGACUCGGAGUACAUUGAGGCCAUCAAAGAAGCAAAUAUAUCAGGUAGCGCAGGUUGUAUUCGCAAUUUAUUCGCCACCAUGUUACUGUCAAGCACUUUAUCUAGACCUGAAGUAGUCUGGGAAAGCACAUGGAAGUAUAUGACAGAUGAUUUUCUGUACAGAUUCUCAAAGUAUCAACGUGUUUCAGGUUUAUCAAUUCCUGAUGAGCAACUAAAGAACUAUGUUUUAUGCGAAAUCGAGAAGUUUUUAACUCGGAAUAAUUCAUCGCUUCGAAGAUUUGUAUCAAUGCCUUACCCGGAUACUUCAUCUUUAGAUAACUUUCGCUACCGAUUGAUUAACGAAGAGCUUGCAUACGACAGAACAGAUUUACAAAAUGUUUAUCAAGGUCAGGUGAAUUUGUUAACGGAUGAACAACGUUCAGUAUAUGAAGAAAUUAUGAACGCAGUUGAUGGAGACAAUGGAGGAGUAUUUUUUGUUUACGGUUAUGGCGGGACUGGUAAAACAUUUUUAUGGAAAACAUUGUCUGCUGCAAUUAGGUCAAAAGGUGAGAUCGUAUUAAACGUUGCAUCUAGGGGAAUUGCAUCAUUGCUGUUGGAGGGAGGAAGAACGGCGCAUUCUAGGUUUCAUAUACCUUUGAAUCUUAAUGAGGAUUCCGUUUAUCAUAUUAAACCUGACGAUGAUGUAGCUAAAUUACUACAGCAGACCAAACUCAUUAUAUGGGAUGAAGCUCCUAUGGUUCAUAAACAUGCAUUUGAGGCUUUGGAUAGAACUAUGCAUGACAUUUUCAAUAUAUCUAAUUCAUCCAGGUCUGAUGUUGUAUUUGGAGGAAAAGUAAUUGUAUUUGGUGGUGAUUUUAGGCAAAUAUUACUUGUUGUUCCAAACGGUGGACGACAAGAAAUUGUGAAUGCCUCAUUAUGUUCGUCUUAUCUGUGGAGUAAGUGUAAGUUGUUGACGUUAACUAGAAACAUGAGGUUAACCGUUGGAAGACCAUCAUCUGAAGUUGAAGAGAUCAGUAAUUUUGCAAAAUGGUUGUUGGACGUUGGUGAGGGAAAUGUUGGUGGUUCCAAUGAUGGAGAAGCAAUAAUUGAAAUACCACCUGAGCUUUUAAUUGACAGCAUAUCUGAUCCAAUUUCUAGCCUGAGUGAUUUUGUCUAUCCGUCAAUCUUGGAGAACUACAAUGAUCGUAAUUACUUUAGUACCAGAGCUAUACUUGCGCCUAAGAAUGAGGUUGUUCACGAGAUUAAUGACAGAUUGUUGGCAGUUUUCCCAGGUGAAGAAAAAGAGUAUCUUAGUUCUGAUAGUCUAUGCCCUACUGAAGAUGGCAAUGUUGAUCAGCAAAAAAUAUACUCACCCGACGUGUUGAAUGGUCUUAAAGUGUCUGGUUUACCAAAUCAUAAGAUGGAACGUCUUGAAUUUCAAAUGUUUGCUAACGAAAUCCUAUCAAGGCUACCAACAAAGUGUGUUGCUCGAUUAAGAUGUGUUUCCAAACAAUGGCGAUACGAAUUGCCGUCACAUUUGUUUGCGAUUAUUCACUAUCGUCGUACCGCUAAAUAUGAAGAUCGUAAGCUUAUCACGCUGACCAAGUCAUCAAUUGAUCUUCAUAACUUGAUUAGUGGAAAGAAAGAUGUAGUUGGGAUUUAUAUUGAUUCAUCUAACGAUGUUAAAAUAUUACUUCUCCAACGUCGUAAGGAUGAUGUUAUACUGCGUGUGUAUUCUCGGAACACAUAUGAAUGGAAAACUCUUACUUUCUUGAAAGGACCGGAUUACGGUUCAAGUUUAUAUUGGUUGUCUUCCGGAACUUUAUGCAAUAAUGUUUUAUAUUUUCCAUCUCCACACUAUUGGACGCCUGCUAAAAGUUAUACGAUUGCUUUUGAUGUGGAUUCUGAAACUUUCUCGAAGGUUUCCAUACCACAAUGUACUGAUGUUAUUGGUCGCCAAAGCAGUUUUUUCAAAAUCCGCAACACACUUCAUAUGUUUAUUUUUGGAAACACCCCUGAAAAAAAUGUGAAGCUAUUUAAAUUUGAAGACGAACGAUGGUCAGAAGUGUCGUAUUUUACAAACGUAAAUCCAAUUUCAUUUGAUUCAUGGCGUAACAAAUUAGCUGAGAACAAAGGUGACACUUGGUCUUUUGAGAUCGAUCGCUGUGGUAUUCUUGAGAUACAAAUUGGACUGAAAGAUUUUCAAUACUUACGAGACGCUGAGGCCUUUCGAGGACUAUACAAAGUAGCAUCGUUUGAAGAGACUGUUGUCUCACCUAUUUAG